GUGUGGACUCAGUUAACCCAGUUAAAAGCAGAUAUUGUGGGAUUUUCUGCCUUGAUAUUCUGGGUUAUAUGACUGUGUGGAAGGGCCCUCAAAGCUGUCCGAACCGCAGUUAUUCCAGAAGUCUCUCAAUUUCAAUUAAAAACAAUAAUAAUUCACUUUGCUUAUUAUUUCCUUUAACUAAAGUCAUUGUGCGUUGUCUUUUAGAUUACCUAUGGUUCAUUUGCAUCCAAAGAGAGGGAGGCAAGACACGUUUCUUCCUUCUACCGCAUGGUCCCAAAUGAAUCCCAUCAGUACAUGGGGAUUAUCCAUUUACUUCAUCACUUUGGAUGGACAUGGAUUGGGCUCAUAGUUGUAGACGAUGAAAGUGGAGAUAAAUUUUUGCAGAUCAUGGAGACGUUGUUUUCCCAGAAUGCAAUCUGCUCAGCCUUCACACAAAGAUUGCCAACUCAUGGCCGUCUAACUGAUAAGCAUGAUUACAAAUUUUUGGACACAGUUUUAGAUAGUAAUGCCAGAGUAUUUCUUAUGCACGGUGACGCUAUGAUGAUCAUGUGGAUGAUCACAUUCUAUUAUGCAAUACUUACUGAUGAGAUUGCAGCAUUGUAUCUUGGAAAGCUGUGGAUUAUGACAGCCCAGAUUGAGUUUAUUGUAACAGGGGUUACAAGGCUAUUGGACUUUCAAAUGUUCAGAGAUACUAUAUCAUUUGCAAUUCACACAAAGGAACCACAGGGUUUCCAAAAAUAUCUUCAGAAUAUAAAACCUAACCAUAUAGAAAGAGGAAACUUUCUUAAAGAUUUCUGGGAACAGGUUUUUGACUGUUCAGUUCCAAAUCCUCAGGAGCCAAUGGAGACUGGCAAUAAAUGUACAUGGGAGGAGAAACUAGAGCUGGUUCCUACCUCAGUUUUUGAAAUGAGCAUAUCUGGUCACAGCUACAGCAUCUACAAUGCUGUGUAUGCUGUGGCAUAUGCUCUUCAUGCCAUGGGAUUGUGUAGAAAAAAACUCAGAAUUAGAAGGGUUGAAUGUCAAGGUCUUCAGGCUUGGCAGGUAAUGUUUCCAUCAUACUCAUUUUGACAGAUAUCUAAACAACCUCCCAGUUUUUAAAGGUGUUACAGUGAUGAAGUGGUAGUUAUAAUAGUUGCCUUAGUAUUAUUAUAUGCCCGAGCAUUAGUAAUGCAGCAGUAUUACUACUACUAGUAGUAAUAAUAAUAGUAGGAUCUUCAAUAAGUUCAGCAUUAAUUAGUAAUGCUAAUACCCUCCAUUAAAGAAGAGCAGCUGGUAGUAAAACUAUUUCGAGACUCAUAGAACAAUGGCUUUAGAAGAAUUAUUUGCUCCACAGAAAUAAUAGUGUCAUUAAAUAAAUAAAUAAAGUGACAUUAAUUAAACAAAUAGAUCCAUAUUCAAAACAGGGAAAGGGUAGGGCAUUCUCCUAUGCGCUAUUUUAUUUUGGAGGAGUAAAAAAUUAUCAGUGAAACAAGAAAUGAAAUGAUCCCCUGAGGGGUAAUUGUAUUGUGAGUGGCGAGUUGCCUAUGCAUGUGUAUGUGGAUAUGUUUGAAAUGUGUAUUGUGGGUGUUUUACCAUUUUAAAAUAAAAUUCUAUUAAAUUUUAAAAAAUGAAAUUAUCAAAACACUCUGGGGAAUAAGAGAACCAUAUUUUUGUACCAGCUUUCUUUUUGAAUCCAUACAAGUGAAAUAGAAUGAAAAACUUUUUUUUAAAGAUCCAGAAACCUGCUA